AUGUCAGCUUUGUGUGGCACCAGUAAUGGCUGCCAAGAUUCAAGUCAAGGGGCUACAGAGAAACAGGAAAAGGAGCAUCCCCGUGUCCUCAUUCCCGAGUUGUGCCGGCUCUUCUACCAGCUGGGAUGGGUGACGGGGACUGGCGGUGGGAUCAGUCUCAGACGAGGGGACCAGAUUUACAUUGCACCCUCAGGUGUCCAGAAAGAGAGAAUACAGCAAGACGAUAUGUUUGUGUGUGACGUGGAGGAGAGGGACAUCAGCCGUCCACCUGAGUGGAAGGGGUUGAAGAAGAGCCAGUGUACACCGCUGUUCAUGAAUGCCUACACUAUGAGAGGCGCACAGGCAGUUAUACACACCCACUCCAAGGCUGCUGUCAUGGCAACACUGCUGUAUUCUGGCAAAGAGUUCAGGAUUACACAUCAGGAGAUGAUCAAGGGGAUUCGUAGGGGAACCUCAAGCACUAACUAUCGGUACGACGACAUGUUGACGGUGCCCAUUAUUGAAAACACACCUGAGGAAAAGGACUUGAAAGACCGGAUGGCUCGAGCGAUGGAAGAAUAUCCAGAUUCAUGUGCGGUUCUCGUCCGCCGACACGGAGUCUACGUUUGGGGAGAGUCGUGGGAAAAAGCAAAAACCAUGUGUGAAUGCUACGACUACUUGUUCGACAUUGCCGUCCAGAUGAAGCAGUGUGGACUGGACCCCUCAGCCCUGCCACUGGAAGAAAAGGGAAUAGUCUGACAUGUGCUGGAGCUUUUUGCAGAGAGGCAUUUUUUCCCCCACAGAACAUGAGGUUGAGUUCAAUCAAGAGAGCAGAUUGUAAUCAUUUGCCUUUCAUGGCAAUCUGCUUCCAAAUAGAUGCAAUUUGAUGUUAAGGGCACGUCCAGGGUCGAAGAUCAAACCCCUGGAAGUACCUGGAGGGUAAACUGUUAAGAGCCACUGCCAAAAUCAGGUCCAAAUGUGAGUGUUAGAGCCACGCUGCACCAGGAUGAAGGCUUCGGCGUACGUCAGGGAGGACACUGAAGAGAUCUCCCUGGAUCUGUCAUACGUUUAACUGUCUUUUUCAAAAUAAACAAAACAUUUAAUAUCAUCAGUGA